AUGGCCCUACUUGUGGUUCUUGGACUGGGACUGAUCGCCUAUUGUGCGGUCGUGAGCAUUUACCGGCUGUACUUCCAUCCUCUCAGCCACAUUCCCGGGCCCAAGCUUGCGGCCAUCACCCACGGCUACGAGUUCUACCAUAAUAUCAUCCGGGGUGGGAUGUUCAUCUGGGAGGUUAAACGACUGCACCAAGUCUACGGGCCCAUUAUCCGCAUCAACCCCCGCGAAGUGCACAUUCUCGACCCAGACUACUACGAGGAGAUCUACGCCUCGAGUGCGCGGAAACGAGAAAAGGACCCCGUAUUGGUCGCGCAAUUUGACCUGCCAGGCUCAGGGUUCGGCAGCGUCGAUGCAGAAAGCCACCGCGAGCGCAGAGCGCCCGUCGACAAGUUCUUCUCCAAGCGCGCGAUUGAGAAUACAGAGGGACUAAUUUGGAAGAACAUCGACAAGUUCUUCUUCUACCUUGUCGAAGCCUACAAGUCGCACAGCGUCGUCAGUCUCGAUGCCGGAUUCGCCGCGUUGACAUCGGAUACCAUCUACGAAUACGUGUAUAGCUUCAACCCGUGCAGUCUGGACAAGGAGGGCUUCAACGCUGGGGUCAGAGACGGGAUCAAUGGUCUUUUCCGGUCGGCGCAUCUGCUGUAUUUCUUCCCGAUCCUUCAGACCAUCCUGAAUGCGACUCCGAUCGGAUGGCUGGAAAAGCUGAACCCGCCGGCCUUUGCCUUGGCGAGUCAGAAGAGAGACCUCUACGAUCGGGCUGUCGCGGCCUUGAAGAGUGCCGACGUGUCCAGCGGGAAAAGGGGCGACAACCUCAUCAACAGCCUGGCAGCCACGACGAUGCCCCAGCACAUGCGCUCGCCGGAGCGGUUGAUGAACGAGGGCUUUGCAUUGAUUAUUGGAGGAACCGAGACGACAGCCCGAACUCUUGCAGUCGGUGCAUGGCACAUCUACUCGAGCAGCGACAUGCGCGAGAAGUUGCGGGCGGAAUUGAAGACGGUGAUGCCUUUUCCGGAAUCGCGACCGAGGUGGAAUGAGCUGGAGCGGCUGCCUUAUCUGGUGAGCCUCUCUUCUUCGUGA